AUGAAAUUCUACACUCCAUUGAUAACGUCUAUUUUUUUUUUCAGUCAAUAUUCUGCAGCUGUUCCAUCUGGUGAUAUUAACAAUGAGAUUAAUCAUGAAGAUACUAAGUUGCCAGAGGGACUAACCUGGGAAGAAUGGCAUAUGGAAAAUGAACAUCAGCUAAAAGAUUAUACCCCAGAAACGUUUUUUGCGUUACAUGAUGUUAAGAAACAAGGUUACUUGGAUGAUGAUGAUAUCCUAGCAUUGUAUGGUUUGAGUCGUAAAGAAGUCAUUGGCUCUGGUGAUGGUAUGGGACAGCAUGAUAAUUCCGAAAAAAUUGACGAUGAAAUUGCUACAAGAGCUGUUAAGUUUAUUAAGAAAUUAUUAGACAUGGAUGAUGAUUCACACAUUACUAAAAAAGAAUAUUUAGACUUUGCAAGUAGGGGUGGUAAGUUCCCUGACUUAGGUGUUGGUGUUGGCCAUCAUGCUGAUUUCGAAUUAGAGUAUGAAAUUCACCAUUGGAAUAAGUACCACAAGGAUUCAGAUCCAGAUGUUGAAAAUGUUCAUAAAGAGGAUAUCGAACAUGAAUUACUGCAUCAUGACCAUGAAAUCGAGCAUGAAGAAAUGAUUCAACGAGGUGCAGCUAAGGGUACAGUCAUUACAGAUGAUGAACUGGAAUCUCGUAUUAAUUUAGAAGCUAUUCCAAAUAAAUACAGAAAUGGUUAUUUCUGA